AUGAUCAAUACCGAGGAUAAAUAUGUUUUUGGUAGAGAUCCAAAGGAAUCAGAACGACUUGACGCACAGCACAACCUGUUGUCGAAAGUGACCAAGAACACGCUUAUCCAUCCAUCAAUACCCAAAAAAGGCGUCCUUUCUGUUGCAGAUAUAGGUACUGGAACUGGUAUCUGGUUAAAGGAUGUUUGUCGAAUGCUGGAGAAAGUACAACCCCAGUGUUACUAUCAUGGAUUCGACAUCUCAGCGGCCCAAUUUCCGAAAAGUCCAGGAAAUAUCCAAUUUUCUGUCCAGGAUAUAACACUGCCGUUUCCUAAAGAACAUUGGAACCGGUAUGAUGUGGUUCACGUGAGACUACUCGUUGCUGCUCUCGAAGAACCCGAGUAUAAGACUGCAAUUUCUAAUAUUUCUUCCAUCUUGAAGCCCGGUGGCUUCCUUCAGUGGGAGGAAAUCGACGAGGAGACAUACAUUUCACCCGAUAACCCAGUCAUUUGGGAGAUUCGACGAUGUUUUGACAUGUCAUUAAAAGCUGAAGGAAAAUGUUUUGCAGCAUCAGCUAAGGUCUACGAGGAGUGUAAAGCAGCAGGUUUCUUAGAUGUUGUGCGUCUGGAUUAUCGCUCAGACUGGAAUAGUGAUCUCCGCCUUGACACAGAGAAUAGGCUCGCUGCAAUCAUUGAAACGUUAUAUGCAAGUCUUUUGUUGCGGUCUGGACAGGUUCCCAAUGAAGAGACGGCAUCGAAACGGGCUGAGGACUUGAUCGAACAACAUCACCGUCUUUGUGCGGGUGGAAACUCCCCAACGUUAAAAGUGAUGAGAGUUGUUGCCCAGAAACCGCUAGUUAAACCACGUCUAUAG